CUUACACAUUUCCUUACUUUAGAAGAGUCAAAUCCACUGAAGUUAUACUUUUGUUCCAGUUGCUAUUUGUGCCUAAUUACAGCUACAUAUAGGUACCAAUAUGACAUCAACGCCCUGGCUGGAACCUCUCAGUUACGUUUGACAUCAACACGAGAUCUGAAUUUAAAUGUUUCAGUUUCUAAUGCUAAUAUGAUCAUUCAAGCUUAUGCAAGCUGGAACAAUCUUAGCAAUGCUCACGAAUGUUACAAAAACAGAGAUGCAUUUUCUCCUACUUAUGGUGGACACUCUAUCAUUGACACACUCCAGAAAAGAAAUUACUACAUAAUUCCUCAAAAUAAGCUUGGUCAGGAUAUUUUUAUCCGUGCUACAGAAGCUAGGGGUCUCCAAAAUAUAAUUCGGAUGCCGUCUGGGGAUAUGAAGGCUGUCAAAGUUCCUGUAUCAAAAAAUAUGCUAGAAUCUCAUUUGAAGGGUAAACUCUGCAGAAAGACUAGAACAAUGGUAACCAUUAUCAUAGCAGAAGCACAGUUUCCCCAAGUUGAAGGUUCUGAUUCCCAGCAAUAUACAGUAGCUAUCCGCCUGUCUCCUAGUCAGAUCCUUCCCAGUAAUGCAUUGGUUUAUCAACAGAGCGCACGCACGCGUGGACAAAGGCCACAUCAUUUAUUGCCUUCAGAUCUUGAGUCGGUCAAGUGGAAUGAAAUAUUUUUCUUCAAAGUUGAUUCCCUGGACUAUCACUCUUUAGAAUUUAUUUUAACGGAUAUUGGUAAAGGUGUUCCGAUUGGAUUUUUUUCAUCUUCCUUGAAUGAGAUAGCAAGAACUAUUGAGGACUACUCAAAUCCACAAAAUUUUGUCAAAGAGUUGAACUGGAUAUAUUUGUCUACAGAAAACUCUAUGGAUGCUUAUUAUGGGAAGCCUUGCAAAUUACAAUGUGCCAUACUAGUACAUAAUUCUGAGACUGAGAUUAACAAUCAACUAUCUAAUUAUGAUGUGCAUAAACGUGGGUUUAUUCAAAUUAGUCCUAGCAAGGAAGGUCCUUGGACGACUGUGAGGCUAAACUAUGCUGCUCCUGCCGCUUGCUGGCGGUUAGGCAAUGCUGUUGUUGCCAGUGAAGCUAGUGUGAAGGAUGGCAAUAGAUAUGUGAAUAUUCGAUCACUGGUUUCUGUUCGUAACAACACAGAUUUUGUACUUGAUUUGUGCCUCACUUCAAAAGUUUCAUCAGAAAAGAUGAAUUUGCUGAAAAGUUCAAGUAAUUCUGAGUCCAUUCAAACAGAGAGCUAUAGAAUUCAGACAGAAGAGUUUUUCGAGACUGAAAAGUUAACACCACAAAUUGGAUGGAUACUCUGUUCAGGUUCUUCUGGGAACCGCAUGCCAGAUGGAGGGAAAUCCCAUCAGAUUUUUCCUGAAAUUGAUCUACCGCCAAGUUGGGAAUGGAUUGAUGAUUGGCAUUUGGAUACAAAAUCUCCCAAUACUGCUGAUAGUUGGAUUUAUGCUCCGGAUGUGGAGAGUUUGAGAUGGCCUGAAUCCUUUGAUCCAAGGGAUUCCCGUAAUACUGCCAGGCAGAGAAGAUGGUUAAGAAACAGGAAGCUAAUAGCAGAGGAUCUUAAGAAUGAAAUAUCUGUUGGCCUUCUGCAACCAGGAGAAACUGCUCCGCUUCCUCUCUCUGGUUUGACGCAAUCUGUACAAUAUUUCUUGAAGUUAAGGCCAUGGGCUUCAGCAAACUCUUGUGAGUACUCAUGGAGUACUGUAGUAGACAGACCUAGGCAACAAGAUGUUGGCAGGAAGGGCCAAUGCUCAAAUCUGUGUGUUUCAGCUCUUUCAGAGUCGGAGGAACUAUUGUGCUGCAGUGAGAUGCAUGGAACCUCUGGUGGCUCCCAUAAGUUGUGGUUUUCUAUAAGCAUACAAUCUACUGAGAUUGCUAAAGAUAUCCAUUCUGAUGCCAUUCAUGAUUGGUGUUUGACAGUCAAAUCACCUCUAACAAUAAGCAAUUUUCUUCCCCUUGCUGCUGAAUAUUCUGUUCUUGAAAUGCAAUCAAGUGGCCAUUUCCUUGCAUGCUCAAGAGGAGUGUUUUUAUCUGGAAAAACUGUACAGAUAUACAGUGCUGAUAUUCGGAACCCUCUGUUCUUAUCUUUGCUUCCGCAAAGGGGUUGGCUUCCCAUACAUGAAGCUGUUCUUAUAUCUCAUCCUCAUGAGAAGCCAUCCAAAACAAUUAGUUUGAGAAGUUCAAUAUCUGGAAGGGUGAUUCAAAUUGUUCUUGAGCAGAACUUUGACAAAGAACACACCGUGUUGGCUAAAACAAUUAGAGUAUAUGCUCCUUAUUGGUUAGAAGUUGCUAGAUGUCCGCCACUUACAUUUAGGAUGCUUGAUUUGUCAGGAAAAAGACAUAUACCAAAGGUUGCUGCUCAAUUUCAAACUCACAAGAAAAAUGGAUUAAUCCUUGAGGAAAUAACGGAAGAGGAGAUAUAUGAUGGUUACACAAUUGCUUCUGCUUUUAAUUUUAAUAUGCUGGCCCUGUCAGUGGCUAUUGCCCAAUUAGGAAAUGAACAUUUUGGACCUGUUACGGAUCUUGCUCCUCUUGGUGACAUGGAUGGGUCUUUGGAUAUAUAUGCAUAUGAUGGUGAUGGAAAUUGCUUGCGGCUUAUUAUUUCUACAAAACCAUGCUCCUAUCAGUCUAUCCCGACAAAGGUUAUUUCUGUUCGGCCAUUUAUGACUUUCACUAAUAGACUUGGUCAGGAUAUAUUCAUUAAAUUGAACUCUGAAGAUGAACCGAAGGUUUUGCAUGCUUCUGAUUCAAGGAUGUACUUUGUGUGUCGUGGAAUUGGUGGACCUGAAAAGCUCCAGGUGAAACUUGAAGGCAGUAGUUGGUCAUUUCCUCUUCAAAUUGUAAGAGAGGACACAAUCUCACUUGUCUUGAGGAUGAAUGAUGGUACUAUCAAACUUUUGAGAACUGAAAUUCGAGGAUAUGAAGAGGGAUCCCGUUUUAUUGUGGUUUUCCGCCUUGGAUCAUCUGAUGGUCCUAUCAGGAUUGAGAACAGAACGCCAAACAAGGCACUUAGCAUUCGGCAGUCUGGAUUUGGUGAAGAUGCUUGGAUUCAGUUGCAACCUCAUUCAGCAAAGAACUUCUCUUGGGAAGAUCCAUAUGGCAAUAAGUUUUUAGAUGCUAAACUUAGAGAUGGUGAUAGCAAUGCAAUUUGGAAACUUGAUUUGGAAAGAAGUGGAUCAUCUUCGGUAGAAUUUGGGUUGCAAUUCCAUGUGAUAGAUAGGGGAGAUAUAAUAAUUGCAAAGUUUACCAAUGAUAGGAUGCCAAGCUCAAGUUCAAAUGAAGAGAUUAGAGGCCCGGAGACUUCUGGUAAAGGGGGAGUUUCUGGUGCUCAGGAUGAGAUGCAGAGCAGUGUUACUCCCUUUGAGCUCUUAAUAGAGUUAGGGGUGGUUGGAAUUUCUUUGGUGGACCAUAGACCGAAGGAGCUCUCCUAUUUAUACUUAGAAAGAGUGUCCUUAACAUAUUCAACUGGCUACGAUGGUGGAAAGACAAGCAGGUUCAAGCUCAUAUUUGGUUAUUUGCAACUGGACAACCAGCUCCCUCUAACAUUGAUGCCUGUGCUCUUGGCGCCAGAACAGACCUCUGAUGUGCAACACCCAGUAUUCAAGAUGACAAUCACCAUACAGAAUGAGAAUAAAGAUGGAAUUCAAGUUUACCCAUAUGUUUAUAUACGAGUAACGGACAAGUGCUGGAGGCUUGAGAUUCAUGAACCUAUUAUUUGGGCUAUCAUGGACUUCUACAACAAUUUACAGCUAGAUCGCUUACCUAAAAGGUCAAGUGUCACUGAGGUUGAUCCAGAGAUACGAUUUGACCUAAUAGAUGUUUCAGAAGUAAGGUUGAAGUUUUCACUGGAGACUGCUCCAGGGCAAAGACCUCAUGGGGUCCUGGGCAUAUGGAGUCCUAUACUUUCAGCUGUUGGAAAUGCCUUCAAGAUCCAGGUGCAUCUAAGGAGGGUGAUGCACAAAGACAGAUUCAUGAGGAAAAGUUCAAUUGUUUCAGCUAUUGGGAAUCGUAUUUGGAGAGAUUUGAUUCAUAAUCCUUUACAUUUAAUAUUUUCGGUGGAUGUACUAGGUAUGACAAGCUCAACGUUGGCAUCUCUUAGCAGAGGCUUUGCUGAGCUAUCCACGGAUGGGCAAUUUCUACAAUUACGUGCAAAGCAGGUAAGAUCAAGGAGAAUCACUGGGGUUGGGGAUGGGAUCAUUCAGGGAACGGAAGCUCUUGCCCAAGGUGUUGCCUUUGGUGUCUCCGGUGUAGUGAGAAAGCCUGUGGAGAGUGCUCGAGAGAAUGGUCUCCUAGGAUUGGCUCAUGGGCUUGGACGUGCCUUUUUAGGUUUCAUUGUGCAACCAGUAAGCGGUGCCCUCGAUUUUUUUUCUUUGACUGUUGAUGGAAUUGGUGCUAGUUGUUCCAAAUGCUUUGAGGUUUUCAACAGCAAGAUUGCAUUGCAAAGAAUUAGAAAUCCUCGGGCUGUACAUUCUGAUGGGAUACUAAGAGAAUAUUGUGAGAGACAAGCUAUGGGGCAGAUGGUGCUUUACCUUGGAGAGGCAAGUCGACAAUUUGGAUGUACUGAGAUUUUCAAGGAACCUUCAAAGUUUGCUUUGUCUGAUUAUUAUGAAGAGCAUUUUACCGUGCCCCAUCAAAAAAUUGUUUUGGUAACCAAUAAACGAGUUAUGCUUCUGCAGUGUCUUGCUCCUGACAAGAUGGAUAAAAGACCUUGCAAGAUUAUUUGGGAUGUACCCUGGGAUGAGUUGAUGGCACUGGAGCUGGCUAAAGCAGGCAGUUCCCAACCUUCCCUCUUGAUCCUCCAUCUGAAACAUUUCCGGAGAUCUGAAAAUUUUGUGCGAGUAAUAAAAUGCAAUAGUGUGGAAAUGUUUGAAGGAAGAGAACCCCAAGCUAUUAAGAUAUGUUCAGUUGUGCGCAAAACAUGGAAGGCAUAUCAGUCUAACAUGAAAAGCUUGAUUCUAAAGGUUCCUUCAAGU